AACACUACCAGAGUACAUCUGUUAAUUGUUUAUUUACAAAAUUAAUUGAGCAUAUUAGGAAUAAUGAAUUCCUCCGGUGAACUGCAUCCAAAUUGGCUGGCUCUGACCACUCUGCCCCUGCAACUCAAGCGGUUCGUCCGAGCGGGCGAACCGGAUUUUGUUCCCGAAUCGCCAAUUCAAACCAAACACAAAAUUGAUGGCUUAAAUGGAUUGGAGGCCCAGGAGUUCUACAAGGAGGUGCUGGAUGCACCUACCACCUCCCAAGUUCCAGUUCCUCGUCCUAGUACAAGAAAAGAAGCAAGCAGAGUCCCAAGGAAACCAAAACUGCCUUUUGAUAGGAGCAAGUUCUUUCGUUUGGCCACCAGCAACAAAGUGGAGGAGUUGUCCCAAAUGGAAAUCUCGGAAGAGGAGCUUAACUCCCGGGAUUCCUUUGGUUGGACCGCCUUGAUGAUGGCUGCCUGCGAAGGAGCCACCGAAGCAGUAGCCUGGCUUCUCCAGAAAGAAGUCCAUGUAGAGAUUGCUGACAAAUCCGGGAAUACAGCUCUAAAGCUGGCCCAGCGAAAAGGGCACUUGGAAAUAGUACAACUAUUGGAAACUCUACCCAUUUCCGGCGAAACCAGCGAUGAGGAGGAACCAAUGGAUGUCAACAGCCCCUUUUACUGCGAAAUCUGCAAACGGGAUUACAAGGAGACCACCUGGCCAGUUCAUCAAACCUCCACAGUGCAUCAGUUCAAUCUGAAGGCCCUGCCCGCCCAUAAACUGCACAAGUUCAAUAUAUCCGCCAAGAAUCGGGGUCUCCAGUUGAUGGUGAAGCAGGGCUGGGAUCAGGAGCACGGCCUGGGGCCGAGUCAAAGCGGUCGAUUGUAUCCUGUUAAGACCGUUCUGCGCAAGCAACGCACAGGCUUGGGCAUCGAACAGCAGCCGGCGAGGGUCACCCACUUUGGAGCCUUUGACUUAAACGCUGUUAGGAGAAGGGAUCCCAUUUAUCAGCCGAAACGAACGCGAAGCGAUAUGCAGCGUGAAAAGGUGCGGGAAUGGAAGCGGGAGAGGCAUCUACGCAGGGAGUUAAGCUAAAUUAUUACAUCUUGAAGAUUAGAAUUAUACAAUGUAUAUAAAUACAAAUUAUGUCGACCUAUCAUUUAUUUGUAUUGUACAUCAAAGACCAAAUUAUUAAAUUCUAAGAUUGAACACCAACAAAAUGAAACUUAAUUAAUAUGGGAGAUUUUAAAUUAUGUUUUUCUUAUUGCGUUUAUAAGGCUAUAGAAUACGAAUACCAUAAUGCUAGUUUUCAGCCUAACAACUUGCAAUGGAAAACCU